UAGGAGAGCUAUUUAUCAUUAAAAUCAAUUGUUAAACACAAAUUUUAAAAUGUCGGUAUCCACGAACUAUCUGAAAUUAGCCCUGAUAGUGAGUUUAAUUCUCUCUAUAUGUGGAAAUUAUUUAGAUAAUGAUCAGCAAAACCGUAGUGUUCAAGAAGAAAUAAAGGAGUCAUCACCAAUAUUUAAAAGAUCAGCAUAUUAUGGUAAGGCAGAUGGUACACCCUUUAAGAAUUGUAAGGAGAUAUUAGAAUCUGGUGUAAAUAUUUCUGGCAUUUACGAAAUACAACCAAUUGGUUCCAAUAAAUUAAUAAAUGUAACAUGUGAUAUGGAAACAAGAGGUGGUGGAUGGACUGUAAUACAGAGAAGAAUUGACGGGUCUGUUGAGUUCUACAGAGGUUGGAGAGAGUAUAAAUUUGGGUUCGGAGAUCUAAAUGGAGAACUAUGGCUAGGAUUGGAGAGUAUUUACCAUUUGACAGCAUUUGAAGCUAAUGAGCUGCUUGUGGAGUUAGUAGAUAAGGAUGGAAUUAGUGCUUACGCUUUGUAUGACUCUUUUGCAAUCGGCUCAGAAGUCGAGGGAUACUAUUUAAGUACUUUAAAGGGAUAUUCUGGUGAUGCCGGUGAUUCGUUAUCUAAUCAUUUAGGACAAAAAUUUACUACUCUAGAUCUGGAUCAAGACCAAAAGCCUGAUGGAAACUGCGCAGAAAUAUUCAUAGGGGCGUGGUGGUACAACAACUGUUACGAGAGCCAUUUAAAUGGUAAAUUCAGAAACAUACGUUGGCCAGCGGCGUAUAAGUAUAAAGGAAUUGUCUGGUUUGGUUUUAAAAACAACGAAUAUUUCUUAUCUCAAGCAAGAAUGUUAAUAAGACCGAAAUAUUAGAAAAAAGAAAGAUUUUAAUAAAUAUUAUUUUGUAAAUUAAA